AACCUUCCCCUCUGCGUGUAAAUGAAGUAGCAGCAGAUCAGAUCAGAUCAGAUCAAACGAGAGAAAACGCCGGCAAGCCCCCACACACAUCGGGUUUAACUUUAACCUAACCUCUCUCACCUGCAAUUGAACGAAUUGAAUAAUCAUCGGUGUUUACUGCUUCAGUCCGUACCACGGGGGGCCUCUCCCGUCGCACGGCACGGCAGUGGCCCGCCCCGUCGCCCACCGUUCCCCCAUUCAUCGGGACCGUUCCUCCCCGACCGGCCCCUGGAGGUGCGGCCGCCGCUGGAGGCCGGAGGCCGGACGAGGACGCGGAAAGGAGCCACCCGAAUACUCGAUCUAGCGGGGAGAGGCAACACCCAGUCUCCUCAGAUUCCCCGCCGGUUCUUAUUGGGUUGCAACAUUUUUCCUAUCUUUUGUAUGGAUGGUUCCUAAGCACUCGUCGACUUUAAAGUGAAGAACAUUUUCAGAACACCGAUAAAAGGAUGAGGCUUGGAAGCAUAAAUGGUUUGCGGUUCAAGCAGCUUAAACUUGUCAUUCUUGCAUUUUUUAUGUUGUUUCUUCUUUGGAAAUGGGAGAAGGGCACAUACUAUGAUUCUGAAAUCCUCCAACCUGAUCCAUUGGUUUUGACUCAUCCAGCUAACUCAAAGUUUGUAGAUCAGCAUACAUCCUCAGAAGAAGACUUUCCAAGUGCAGAUCCAUUGCCUCAGUCAGUAGGUAAAAUAGAAAGGCAAGUUACUGGUGCACCACCACCACUGUCUACGAUAGGCUAUUCUGUUGAUGUUUUCGAUGGAAAUGAAGUGCCACCUCCUGAGAAGAAAGAAUGUAACUAUAGGAAUGGAAAGUGGGUUUCUGACAAUCGGAGACCACUGUACUCAGGGUUUGGUUGUAAACAGUGGCUUUCAGAGAGUUGGUCCUGCAGAUUAACCCAGCGAACAGAUUUUGCAUAUGAAAAAUUUAGAUGGCAGCCUGAAGCUUGUGAAAUGCCAGAGUUUGAGGCCUCUCAGUUCUUGAGAAGAAUGCAGGAUAAAACCAUUGCUUAUGUGGGCGAUUCUUUAGGGAGGCAGAUGUUUCAAUCAAUGAUGUGUAUGGUCACUGGUGGAAAGCAGCGGCCAGAUGUGGAAGAUGUUGGUGCAGAGUAUGGCUUUGUGCUAGUACGAGGUGCAAAAAGACCAGAUGGCUGGGCCUAUCGGUUCCCGAGCACCAAUACAACAAUUUUAUACCAUUGGUCAUCAACACUGUGUGAUUUGGAGCCUCUGAAUCCAUCAGAUAGAGCAACCAGUUAUGCCAUGCACCUUGACCGACCACCUGCUUUUCUGAAGAACAACCUUCACAGAUUCCAUGUUCUGGUUCUUAACACUGGUCACCACUGGAACCGAGGGAAGCUAAGGGCGAACAAGUGGGAGAUGUAUCUUGGUGGAGCACCAAACAACAACAGGAACAUUGCUGUCAUCUGGAAGGCCAAAAAUUUCACCGUCAACAGUAUCAUCAAGUGGAUGGAUGCCCAGCUCCCUCACCACCCCCAGCUGAAGGUGUUCUACAGGUCAUUAUCGCCUCGGCACUUCUUCAAUGGGGAUUGGAACACUGGAGGCAGCUGUGACAACACAAACCCUUUGGCCAAGGGAAGUGGCAUUCACCUCAACCAUUCCGAGGAUGGUGACGCUGAGGGUGCAGUGAGGGGAACCAGGAUCAAGCUUCUGGAUGUCACUGCCCUGUCACGUUUGAGGGACGAAGGGCAUAUAUCACGGUACAGUAUCAAGGCCACGCCCGGCGUUCAAGAUUGCUUGCACUGGUGCCUUCCUGGCGUACCCGAUACAUGGAAUGAGAUCCUUGCAGCCCAGCUAUAGCCUGUAGUUGAAUGCGCAAUGAGCUACAUCAAACAAGUUAGGGCGAAAGCUCUUAUAUACAGUAACUACCACGGAGUACACUUUGUUAGGCUUCACGGCAGAGGUUUUAUGCUGUUGAUAGGAAACACUGAGCAGCAGUACGUUCUUUCGGGAGCGGGCUUUGUUGUAGAAUAUACACGGUCUUUUUCCCCCCAAAGUGUAAGUAACUGUUGUACUAUUUGCAUACUGUUACCUGUGUAUGCCAAUUGUUAAUUGGAAAACUGGAUUGAUAGUUUGGAAGUAUUUGCCUGAGGUGGGCAACGCUUUUUGCAGCAUCCAGUCCUUUGAGAACUCCAGUUAUACCAAAGACAAACAUUGCAUUCUGCA